GAAUUCGAGGUUUUGAAUUGAAAAUAUCCAAAAUUACAAGGUGCUUUCUACCAUUUACCAAAAACAAAAUCAAGAAACCAAACGCAAACACCAGUAACAAAAACCCCUCUUAUCCAAGCAUCGAGUCCUCGAGUUCAAGUCGGUUUUGGACCUCGCAGAUGAUGUUUUCUGGGUGAAAAACGACUGGAAAUUCGACUAUAAUUUUAAACACCCGCUCACAAAUAAUCGCUCUAGCAAAAUCCCAAAGUUAUGGCGAGUAUGAUGGCAUUCAAGUUGUCGCCUUUCUCAUCCAGUGUUCCACCAACGCCUGCACAUUCUUCAAUUUCGUUUUCAUCGAACAAAUUCUUUCUUCCAAUGAAGCUUUCUUCACGGCGUCCUACAUUCCCAAGAAUUUAUGCAUUUUCUAGCAAUGAUAUUAAGGUGGGUUCGAACAUUGAGGUAGAUGGUACUCCAUGGAAAGUUAUAGAGUUUCUUCAUGUGAAGCCUGGAAAAGGGGCUGCUUAUGUGAGGACUACACUUCGGAAUCAUCUCACAGGAAAUUCUGUUGAGAAAACUUUCAGAGCUGGAAGCAAGAUCGAACAAGCAGAGAUCUCUAAGGAGACAAAACAGUUUACAUACAAGGAUGGUCCACAGUAUGUCUUCAUGGAUCUGACAUCAUACGAGGAAGUUCGUCUGAAUGAGUCAGAUAUGGGAGAUAAGACAAAGUGGCUUAAAGAAGGCAUGGAUUGCAUUUUGCUUUUUUGGAAAGGAAAGGUUAUAGAUUUUGAGCUUCCGAUUCAAGUUAAGGUGACUGUAGUUGAGGUUGAUCCUGGGUUGAAAGGUGACACGGCUCAAGGAGGAACAAAACCAGCCACUGUGGAAACGGGUGCUGUUGUUAAUGUUCCUUUGUUUGUGGAGAGAGGUCAAGUGAUUGUUGUGGAUACAAGGACUGGGCAGUAUCUUUAG